CAAUAUUCAUUCACUCGUUACACCUUCUCGUUUUCAUAUAUCACCAAGUAUUCCUUCGACUCCCGCUCUUCUUACCAUACGAUUCUAGAAGAAGUCACUCAUCAGACUCAUCAAACAUAAGGAUCAAGUAUUUCUAUUGGCCCGGUUUGGAUGAGUCGGCGUUUGCACAAGGCUCCCUUGGGUACGACGCGCUCACUUGCCGCUAGGCAGGCACAGGCACCGUGACAAAGCUAUAUAAGACUUUACUCAUACAAUCUUAUCAUUCCUCUGCAUCGUCCGGGUCUGUGUUUGUAUAGGCGAAAGUAUGCUGGAACCUUGGGAUGAAGUUAUCGCCCUUCAAAAGGAGCGCCAACUUUGCGCCGACGAUGUACAGGCCAUCAAAGCGUCUUGCAUAAGAGAUCACAACAAGAAGCAUCCCCUUGAGUGCCCAGAUUGCUGGACUCGCCUCCUCAACCGUAUUAGGGAUCGAUAUCUCAACUCUGCCUCCAAGGAAUGGUUUUCAGGUCGGCGGCCGUUUCUGCUCGAACUUGAUACUAUGUUUUCCAAGGCUCAUAAUUCCGAGGUAGACCUCAAGACCAUCGAGCAGCGCAUACUAGAAGAGAAGAAAGAGUGGUAUAGAGAUAAAUUAAAAAAUCUAGGACUUCAACACGCAACUAAGACUCCAUCCGAGGAACGGACUUUGCAGCAAAGGAUUGGUGACCGGAGCGUUACCGUAGAGCAGCUUGCUUCGGAACUGAGGGGGGCCUUUAGUGACGGUGCUGUCCAGAACAAGCAAGCGUUCAAUGGGUUUAUAGAUCGGUUAAGGCUUGCCAACUCCCCACAAGCACGGAAUGAGGCCUAUAUCGACAUCUUCUUCCAACCCGGCCACGACACGUCCGGUGCUGCAAGAUCUCAAAAAUAUAUUGACAUGAUUCGGACUGGGACACCGAUCGCCGACGCAAUCGGUGCAAUGAUCCGUGAUCGGCAUUCGGCUAAAGGGGAGCAGGAUCAGAAACAAGCACUUCAUAGAAAGCUUGAGGAGCUUAAGAGAGCUAAGGCGGCACACGAGCUUGACAAGGCACGAAGAGACAAGGCUCGGCAGGAUAGAGCUAGAGCGGUAGCGCCUUCGAGUGGCCAGCAGAACCUCCCCUCGUGUGCAGUCUGCUCAAAAAUCCCAGACGCGCAAGAUUUUAUCAUAUGCCCUCUGUGCCAAGUACUUAGCGACUGUUACGACCUUCGAAUCGAACCUACGUUAUUCUGUUCUCAAGAGUGUGAAGACGAGCGUUACGACACACAUGUUGAAGCAACACACGAAUGCACCUCUGGCCAAACUUGCGUUCGCCUUCACGACGAAGAUGUCGAAAUGGACGAAGGUGGGACUAGCCUAGUAUUCUGUCGAGAAUGUGUAGAAGCCCUCGGUGUUCCGUCUAUUUUUUGUUCGUCUCGCUGUUUUAACGAGAAUUUUCAGCAUCACCGGGACACUAUACACAUUCCAGAACGGAAAAGGACUGGGCACGAAGUUGGUGAUGACGAUCAGCUUGAAUUUAUUCCGGAAGAUAAGACAAAGUAUCACGCCAGAAAGAUCGAGGAUCACCUUGUCACAUUUGAUGAUAUUAUGACGGAAUGGCAGCGGAAGACGAGCGCCGCUGUGAAAUAAGGAUCUCGAGGUUAUAGAUGCCAUAAAUUCAAUGAUUUGCAUUGGUAUCUUAUUAAUUGACUCCUGACCGUAAGAGUAUGCGAUAGAUGAUACAUGUAUAUAUAAAAAUAUCUAUGUAUAUCCAAAUAUGUAACUAUAGCAUAUA